AGUUUUCCCCUAAUUUUCCACGUUCAUACGAAGCCUUCAAACCGUAGACAAAUAUGACGUGAGCGUACGAUUUUCUAAAGAAUUUUGACAUGUUUACAAUCUUUUUGACGUAUUUAGGCAAACCUCAAGCAAAACUGUGAUAUAUUUGAAUCCUUUUCAUAAUUUACAAGUGAUAUUUAGUGAAAUUUGACCUCAAGAAUGGCUUUUAACUUUGAUAGUGGGCAGUUCAACCAAGAAACAACACCUAAACGAAUGGGCAACUGGCAAGUGCCCAGAUGGUCACCAACUCGUGCGCGCCCACUUGAGAUGCGGCCCGACCCUAAGCCCAUUUGCGACAUAAACGGACACUUCCUACCCGGAGCACCAAAAGGAUCUUCUAAGUGCUUUGGACACUUCACGGGAACUUGGGACUUGCCUAGAAAAAUAAAUAGAAAAGUUGCGGAGGAGCUAGCAAAGGAACCACCUGCCAACAGAUUUGCGGAUUGGUUGCACCCUCGCGUCCAAAGACCCAAGGUCGUCAGUACUUCAAUGCGCAUGCGUCCUGGUAAGCGUGGCAAAGCGGCUACUGACGAAAAGGAAAAGCCGCCCAGUACAGAACCGUUCCAACCUCUUCUGUGUCCAAUCCAUAAACAUCAUCGAGAAGAACAUAAUAAAUAAUUCUCUUAUAAAACUCCGGAUCCCAAACCAGAAAAAUUAAUAUAUUAGUACUAAUUUACAUAGUAUAAUUUAUUUAUGCUUUUAUACAAUUUUU